AUGGAAUUACCUUCUAACAUCCCCCUAUCGGAUGAGGAUAGACUGCGUGGGCAUAAAUCACGCCGACCCAGAAGGCAACAUGCUAGUUCAAAACCCAGUGGACGUAGAGGUCCUGGAAUUUUCCGACCAACAACUACUGAACUACCGGCUACAGAUAACCGGGCAAAUAAACCACAUCACUUCAAACCUUCACUGACUCCCGGUUUGGGUACUAUUCGCGUUGUGGGGAAUCAUGUUGGUACGGACGCACGUUUUCGAUUUAGUACAGAACCCAGAGCUGGAGACGAAGCAUUUAAUGAGUGGCGUGAGGCUAUGAGACGCACGGCUCGCCUCGGAGAUGGUUUACCCAAAUUUGUUCGGCGACGAGUAUGGUCUGCUCUGGCCGAGCGUCAGUUGGCCACGCAACACGUGGACUGGGAUCACGUGGUUCACCUGGCUUUCAGUGAUGACUACCAGAAUACAGAGGAUGACAGUCUCGGAUCACAGAUAGUGAAGGAUUUGCAUCGAACAGGGUGUAAUGAAUUCGGUUCAGACGAGGACCGGGCUGCAUUGAAGCGAGUCUUAUUGGCCUAUGCACGGUGGAAUAAACGUGUUGGAUAUUGUCAAGGGUUCAACAUGAUCGCAGCAGCCAUAUUGGACGUGAUGGACCGAGACGAACAGGAAGCUUUCAAGGUCAUGGUUUAUCUGAUCGAUUACGUGCUUCCCGAAUCGUACUUUGCUCAAAAUCUACAAGCUCUAUCUGUUGAUAUUGCGGUGUUCCGGCAUCUGCUACAGGCCAGGCUUCCUCGAUUGGCGCAUCAUUUGGACACACUGCAACUGAAAGCAGCUGCACAGGCCACCAUGAAUAUGGGGCACAGGUCGAUCACAAUGUUGGAGUUGGGUCAGAUCAGACAGCAAGGAGUCUACGAGCCGCCGUUGAUGAACGUGUUCAUAAUUCAGUGGUUUUUAACACUGUUCGCCACCUGUCUUUCAAGAGACGCAGUUUUACGCAUUUGGGACAGCAUUAUGCUUGAAGGCUCUGAGGUGAUCCUGCGUACUGCGGUCGUUAUGAUGGAAUUUCUCUCCAGCCGUUUGUUACGCCUCAAAUCUGCUGAUCAGUUCUACGCCACAAUGAACGACCUGAUGAACGAUUUCGCUGAAGGUCGAAUAGUGAGCACCCAGGAACUACUGUUCGAGAUCUACGAGCUCGCCCCGUUCCCGUAUCCGCAUGUGAAAGAACUGCGAGAGAAAUUCACCUACAAUAUUGCUCCCCUGGUGCCGGAGAAUACAAGCAAUCUUUUGGAGACGGCCAAUUUGAACAAUGGGACCGGUCCGUUUAGGUUGUUAAAUCGAUGGAAAUCAGGACGGGCACAACAGAUGGUUGUACUUCAGGGUAGUGGAAUGGAAAAGCGACACAAACCUGUACAACCCGAGAAGAAAUCCAAUGACGUGGUUAGGACCAAAAGUGAAAUUUCCACAAUCGCCGAGUCAGAACACAAAUCACCGACUGUAGAGUCUGUAGAAAGCCAUAGCACAGAAACUUCUUUCUCUGUCAGCAUUGUGAAAGACGAACUCAAGGAGGACGAGUAUCAAGAGAUCAGUUUGAGUCCAAAUUCCACGGAUAAUAACAGUUCCCUGUCAGUGGACAAGGUGAACUCGACAGAUCCUAUGGAGCUGUCUUAUCGUCGUUCUGCUGCUGCUGCUGCUGCUGGUGGUGGUGGUGCUGUUCGAUCUGAACCGUGUUCUGAUAGUGAUGAAGAUUGGACCGCAUCGAAAGCGCGCUCAACAAGCUGCUUCGCCAAUAUGUGGCCUCAUCGAUUAAGAAGUAUAGAACCUGCACCAAAACAUCGGAAUUCCGUGGUGGAACCGAGCCAUUUGGAAUCGAUUUCUCUGACUAAGAUCAAUCAGAGAAGGAAAUGCUCAUUGCCCGUGGAGCCUCAGCUGACCAGUUCCAGUCCUGAGGCUAAAACAUUUGGAUCUGAUAUCGGUGAUCUCGGUCCUGGCGCGGUAGGAGAACCUGGAGUUGCUCGGGCCGGUUUGCAGACACCUUUGGCACAUCAAGCUCGUAUGAGUACCAAUCUGACUGAGCUCAAGUCCAUCUAUCGUAAACAGUUGGCCCGACAACGGGAGACCACACUACGUCUUCCUGGCCUGUGGCAGUCAGAUCCGACCACAAUGACGUCCCCGACCAGUUGUUUGAGCAAUGCCUGUAUGACCGCUGUGUUGCCACAGAACCGAGAGAGCAAACAGAUGACGUUUGAGAAAUCAUUGGAUACGUCCAUCGUGUCUCCGCCUCCUAGUCCGAGAUUCAAUACCUCAGAAGUCGAGGAUGAUGUAUUUCUGGUUACGGAAACAACCAGUCGGAUUGGACGCAGGACCUCGUCCAGCGAUUGGGAAAGUAUAAGUGAGAAGACGAUUACUGGUCGACUGCGUCGCGGUUUGAUUCCAGUGGAUCCGGACUUGGUUGGUGCGGUACAGUCGUGGCGAGCGAAAGCGAUUUGGUCAUGCGAGCCGAUGCCCCGAGAGAGUUCUGGCUCAGAGUCCGAGGUGGAACAACGGGGCUUCCGAACGCACGGAGCUCCUAUCACGAAGGCCACUGCUCCCAAUAUUCGACUGACCUUGAGGCAGCUGGCGGAACAAUUGAAUGAGCGCGAGCGUUUGACAUCCAUCCAAUCAGAGGAUCAAACCCAGGAACAAAUUAUGACAAUCGGAAAUCCGGCAAAAUAUUUUCCUCACUCACACUUGGAUUUAAAAAUUAUUUUACAGAAUUCGGAUGAUGUUGAGACGAACAGUUCUUUGGCUUACGAAAGUGCAAGAAGCUGUCCACCUUCACCAAGUCUCUCGCUCUCGCAGACAGUCAUCACAAGUGCAGAGCAGAAACGCGACCCAUCCGGCAUUUCUCGUCAUCCCUCCGGACAGAAAACGUUGUGUGGACAGAACCACACGGAGACAAUCCAAGCAGAAAAGUAUUACAGUGAACUGGAAACAGCAUCCAAUUACAGCUCGGUCUCCAAAGCUACUUCGCGUCCAGCCCCAUGGGCAGCUGCGACUGCAUCUUUUGUUUCACGUAAAACAACCGCCCAACGUCCCAGUACCAUCAAUCUUCCAUUACCGUUGUCCCCGAAACGACGUAGUUUCGGCGCACAGUUCGGAAUGUACAAAUCCAUCCCAACCCCGGAUUCCGCACGUGUGUGGUCAAAUUUCUGUGAACGUGUACAGACUAUUGGAUUACAGCAUCGUGUGGUAACUCGAUAG